UAACACACACCCAGUAAUACACACUCAGAAAAAUCCCUUGUGUCUCUGCUAAAUCCUAUGUGGUGGACAUUUGUUGCCAGUCAUCUGAAAGGCAGCAGCUGCAGUUAGAACCAGCUGUUAAAUUCUCGAUACAAGCAUUUUCUGUUGGUGAAGAGCUGGGAACAUUUGGAAGAGACAAAAGCUGCUGCCAUACCCAACAUUUCACUGAAGAGUUCAAACGGCGUCUGCCGAUCCUGACCAGAAGCUGCCAUGGCCUCUAGGCUGUCCAAGCAGAUACAGUGCUCCGUGUGUUUGGGGGAUUUCACAGACCCUGUGAGUCUGCUCUGCGACCACACAUUCUGCAGACAGUGCAUCAGCAGCCACUCGCAGACUACCAGCCGUCUGCGGCAGUGCCCCGAGUGCCGCCGGCCCUACACCAUGUGGGACCUCCGCUCCAACCGGGUCCUCCGGAAUAUGGUGGACGCAGUGCGGGAGCACCUCUCUGAGCAGCAAGCCCUGAGGGACACAAAGAGGGGCAGCGCGAGCACACAGGGGGUGCUCGAGGAUCCGGAGAAGUUGGUGUGCUCCGAACACAAUGAGAGGCUGAAGCUCUUCUGCGAGACGGAUCAGAAGCUGGUGUGUCUGAUCUGUAGGGAUGGGGAAAAACACCAGGGCCACAGGUUCAAACCGGUGGAUGAGGCUGCAGAACCCAGGAAGGAGAUGCUAGGAGAACCAUUAAACUACCUAUCAAAGGAGAACAAGGAGCUGGAGGAACUCAUUACGAAGCAGACAAAUGAGAUCACAAAAACUCAGGAAAGGUCCAAGCAGCUUUCAGUCCAGACAUCUGCUCAGUUUGAGGAGUUGCACCGGUUCCUGAGACAGAAGGAGCAGGACAUGAAAACCCUGCUGGAGAGACAGGAGAAGCUUGUGGUGGAGAAGAUGCAGAAGAAAAAGAGCGAGAUCGAGGCGAGGCUGAACAGUGCAAGAGAGCAGGAGGAGGUUCUCCGGGAGGUCCUUGAAACGGACCGUCUCGACGGGUUUCUGCAGUGGUGGACUGAGAAAGGGAUGAAUUUUGUUGAGGAGAUGAAGGAAACAGAAAGCUGUUCCAAAAGGAAUCAGAAUGCCAGUCAAUCAUCAGCGUUUAAGUCAAGGGUAAAAGACCUCAGUGUGACCACUGACACCCUCUUCUUGGGUCCAUAUGAGACUCAUCUUCAGUUCUUUGUGUGGAAGGAGAUGCUAGGGUCCAUUAAACCAGUUCCCAACCGCAAUGUCAUAUCUGACUGCCACGACCCGUACCUGAGGGUUUCCUCUGAUGGCCGCAGUGUGAUGCGUGCAGCCAAAAGGGGGGUUUUCUAUCACAAAUCAGACUACAGACCUUUCGCCAGGACCCACAAGACCUUUCAGUCAGGGCAACAUUACUGGGAGGUGGACGUGGGUGAGAAGCCAGACUGGAGCGUGGGUGUCGAUAGUGGAUGUUUGAGCAAUGUAAGCAAGAACAUCGGGCUUCACCUGAAGUACAACCAAGGCUACUGUAUUAAAGAGAACGGUACAGAGACCGAUAAAGAGCUGGUGGUGAAGCCAAGGAGAAUCGGGCUGUACCUGGACUGCGACAGGUAUCAGGUGUGUUUCUAUAAUGCUGACGACAUGACUCUUCUCCAUACGGCUACGUUCCCCUCCCCCAUGCCUUAUUCUCUGAGUCUCUCUCCUGGUGCCUACGUGCAGGGUAGGAACAAAGACCCACUGACAGUGUGCUGGAACUGACCUACAAAAGGUCAAAAUCAUAUUUUUUUUCUGGAUUUCAGUGUACUCAGCACCGAUGGAGUGCAAAUUCCAUAUCUGGGCAUAAUAUGUAAUAUGUGAUAUUUAUGAUUUUCUGAUUUACAGAUGUCGGUCAGUUUUCUUCGUAAUUGUGCUGAAUACUACCCAUUCAAAUGUUUCCAUAGUGAAAUUAUGCCAGAUACAGACAUCCUUAUAGAAAUGAAAACAUUCUAUCUUUUCUUCCAGACUUAACCAUAGGAGUCCAUCCCCACCUUUGAAUUUCAGGCCCCCUAAUGAACCCUUUCUCUGAAACUCCUCCCUUAGCCUGCAUUUCUACCUUCUUCCCUGGAUAAACACAUCCUCCUUUAAUAUUUUUACUGACUAAUUGGCUGACACAGUUGGACUGUUUGGAGACUUUUAGUUGCUAAGCUACAUUGCCCAGGAUAGUCACGGCGACUUGUUUUCUCAGAGUAUCUGUUUUAGCAUCUUUUUUUUUUUUUUUUUUUUUUCCCAAAGCAUACAUUUUGGCCAAUGACAGCUUAGCCAAAGUGCUCCUUUAAAAUGUGCUUACAUGAGGUUUAAGGUCAAUGAAAGAAUGAAAUUUAUUCUGAAACAUUUUGCGGGAAGGUGACGUGAUUCAUUUUUGGCUAUGUUUAGUGUUUUUUCAUUGUUCUUUUCUUUGUUAGCAUGCCAAAUGGAAGGAUGUGUCAGUACAGGGUAAUGAAUCCUCCUUCCACGAUCGUGGCGUUGAUUCUCAGUCGAUUAGGUUGUAUGGCUUACCAAUACAUGUUGCCUUUUCUCAUUGUCCACUGGAGAAGAAAGUGUACAGGUGAAAAUCAUUGUUUUGAGAGGUUUUGCCUCUUGAGUGUAGAUUAUUGGAAAGUACAAUAUAUAAAAUUUCAGUUAGCAGUCUCUGAGCAGGUUACCACACAGAGGCUGUAUAUAACCAGCUCUGAUAUCCCUGCAGCUUUUAUGUGUCAUAGUACUUAGUUGUGUCGUGGGGUUUUCAUGGGGUGACCAUAUGUGUCCUCUAUAUGGAACCUAAAAAAUGUGUCUGGCCAGCAUUUCUAAAAUGAAUAAAAGGUCUGGGAUUUGGCUUUCCUUCCAUGUUGACAUUUGUUUUCUACACUGGGCAGCUGUUUUUGCAUCGCUUUGACCAUUCUUUAUAGGUCCCUCCAUUUGACACACCACAACUGGUCGAUCAUGUACACUCAACAUACAACUAUUGGUCAGGCUGUUUCUCAGCGUGUGUGUGUGUGUGUGGCAUAAAUCAGUCUCCUUACACUCACACCCUACACACCUAUUAAAUUAUUUUUUAGGCUUGUAAUUCUAAUAAAACAGAAACUAAAAUAAAAUCUGACAGAAUUAUCAAUGUGAAGUGGCCAGAGUUUGUGUGGAAUUCUAUAUUACACAGGUGGAUUGCAUACCUGCCUUGUUAAAAUGGCAUUUUCUUAUCUAAAACAGACUGAUAUUCAGCGAAGCACACCUGGGUACAUAAGAACUACUGAAAAAUGUCUAGCAAAGUAUUGAAUUUGUAUGCUGAUGAAAUCUAUAUUUUCUUUACUUUAUACAUGAGAUUAUCUGGCCAUAUAGGUUCUGAAGGCAAUUGUUACUGGUCCUGUAACUAAGUCUAAAAAAUAAAUGUGUUAAAAGCA